AUGCGUAGCGCGCCCACUAUCUCAUCACAAAACCCUUUCAAAACCCUUCAUGCCUUGUUCUCUUACGCCAAGAGUCUCUCUUUGGUUCAACAACUUCACGCUCAGGUAAUCAUCAAUGGGCUUCACAAAGAGGUCCUCUAUGGUUCUAACAUCACCAACGCCUAUAUCCAAUCGGGUUCUUUUCCACUGGCCACAAAAUCUUUUGAACAGAUCACCGUAAAGAACCUUCGUUCAUGGAACACUAUUAUCUCCGGUUACUCAAAACACCGUCUCUACGGUGAUGUUUUGCAGCUUUUCACUCGCUUGCGAAGUGAGGGCAAUGCAGUUGAUAGCUUCAACUUGGUAUUUGCCAUUAAAGCGAGUCAAAGGUUGCUGCUUUUGCAAAAUGGGAGAUUGCUUCAUUGCUUGGCCAUCAAAUCUGGGUUGGAAGGAGACGUGUUCAUCGUGCCUGCGCUUUUGGAGAUUUACGCUGAGUUGGGUUAUCUGACCAAUGCCCACAAGCUGUUUGAACGAUAUUCUUACAGAAGCUCGGUUAUGUGGGGUUUUAUGAUAAAGGGGUAUUUGAAGUUUUCUCAAGAAUCCAAAGUUUUUGAACUAUUCCUUUAUAUGACUAACUAUUUUGGUUUCCGAUGGGAUGCUUUUACAGUGGAAGGUUUGGUUAGAGCCUGCGCGAACGUCUUGGCCGGGAGAGAAGGGAAAGCAUCUCAUGGUGUGUGUAUAAAGAACAAUCUUUUUGUGAAUAUCUGUUUGCUGACAUCUGUUAUAGAUAUGUAUAUGAAAUGUGGGUUUAUUCACUAUGCAUUUAGGCUGUUUGAAGAAGCUAAUGACAAUAAGGAUGUGGUUCUAUGGAGUGCUGUCAUUAAUGGUUGUGCUAAAAAAGGGAGAUUUUUGGAAGCUUUGUCCGUGUUCAAAAGGAUGCUGGAAAACUCAAUUACCCCUAAUCCUGUGACUUUUGCUGGCGUAAUUCUAGCUUGCUCUGGUGUGGGGUCUUUGAAGCAAGGAAAGAGCGUGCAUGGCUUUGUGAUUAGAAACAGGGUUGACUUGGAUGUGGUAAAUUAUACUUCUCUUGUGGACAUGUACUCUAAAUGCGGUUGUGUCAAAACUGCUUACAGAAUCUUCUGUAUGAUGCCAGCAAAAAAUGUAGUCUCUUGGACUGCAAUGAUAAAUGGAUGUGCAAUGAAUGGCUUGUAUCUAGAAGCUCUAGCCAUUUUUGAUCAAAUGACACAGAAUGCAUGUGUUAUGUCAGAAAAACAUAUGCCCAACUCAGUUACAUUUAUUUCAGUUCUAUCAGCUUGUAGUCACACUGGAAUGGUUCAAGAGGGGUGGAGGAUCUUUAAUUCUAUGAAAGAUUAUGCCAUUUCUCCAACUGAGGAACACUAUGCCUGCAUGAUAGAUGUUUUAGCUAGGGCUGGCCAAUUUGAUGCAGCCUUAUCCUUUCUAUCUGACAUGCCAAUAAAACCAGGUCCUAAUGUCUGGGGAGCUCUGUUAAAUGCAUGCAGAUUCCAUAAACGAGUUGAACUUGCUGAAGAAAUAGCUAAAACACUUUUACUUAUAGAGCCUAAUGAUUUAUCCCUGCAUGUUUUACUGUCGAACAUAUAUGAUGACAGCAGGAUGUGGGAAAUAGGAGAGAGUACAAGGAUGAGGAUGGCUGAAGCGGGGUUUAAUAAGAGUCAUGGCUUUUCCUCAAUUGAAGUCAAUAACAAGUUGUGUGUAUUUAGUUCUGAUGAUACACUUGUCUUCAAUAGCCCAGAAAUCAGUCAUAUAUGGAAUUCUCUCUAUAGAGAAAUGAGAGAAAGUGCUUUUUUAUGACUAAUAAUUGGGGAGAAGUACAGGAAAUUUUUGUAGUCCUAGUGUUGCUGAUUGUGCACCUGAUGGUUUUGAGAGUGAUGGUGACUUUCCUUCCAUGCUUUUUACGUCAUUGUCAACAGAAAGAGGAAAUUUUUUGUGCAAUGAGUAGGUACAU